AUGUCUACGGAUAUAACAGCAAACGUAACUGUCUCUGUAAACGGAAAACUUUCUGCAACAACAGUCGUUUUUGAUUACAAUACCCCAAGUAUUACAGACAUUCAUCCGAAAUACGGUCCUAAAGCUGGCGGUACUCUUUUGACAUUAUCAGGUCAAAAUCUUGGUGUCGGGAACCGUGAUGUAGAUGUAUUUCUAGGUUCUCAAAUUUGCAAACAAGCAACAGUGUAUCCACAGCUUCCGCCAGACCUUGUUGCAUCUGUUGAUUUUACAAUUCAGUGUAUUGUAAGUGCUGCUAAUAAUUAUGUAAACAUCACAAGCAUUGAACUGGCUAUAGACGACCAGGUGGUCGUUCGUUUGACCUCGAUCUAUUACGAAAUGGUCAAAGAUCCCGUGAUUGCAAACAUAUCAACAAGGAAUGGAUUUGUAAGUGGUGGAACAUCAAUAACAGUCCAAGGAUCAGAUUUAAGCAAUGCCAAUGCGGCAAGAGUGGAAUCGUCAUAUGCUGGAGAAACUUCGAUUAGUAAAUGUACAAUACAGUCUGCUAGCGUGACCAUAUGCAAAGUUCCAAGAGCGCCUAAAACACUUACGAAUGAGCUUGCUAAAAAUCAGUCAAGCGAGAGAAGAAAGAGAUCGGGUUGUUUAAAAUGCAUCGAAGUGCAGAUAGUACUUUAUUUAGAUGGCGUGACGGAAAAUUUCACAAUCACGUACUAUAGGGAUCCGUCCAUAUAUAAAUUACCCGGCAAAGAUAACGUUGUCUCAAUGCAGUCGGAAAAUCUAAGACUUACUAUCAAGGGCAAAAAUUUGAAUUUGGUUGCGACGGCUUUUGACAUAAAUAUAACAAUUGGUAUUGCAACAUGUUCUGUCAUUGAACUGACAAUGGCAACUGUGGUUUGUAUUGCCCCAUCUACGCGACCUGAUCCAGGGAUACCAGAUUCACAAUAUCCGGAAGUCAAUAUUAUAUCUGAUCAUAGCUGGUUCAGUGACGUACAUAUUGAUACAGUAACUGUUUAUAACAUGACUACACUCUGGAAGGAGAUGGCAAGUGACAGUCAAUAA